UCCAAAUGUUAAUUGAAGCAGCGCUCCUGUACUGUACCAAUUCUGCUCCUUUGUUGAAGGUGCAAAAACCAAACAUAAAUUAAAUACCUCUCCUCUGACGAAUCCCGCGGAAACAUACUCACGCAUAAACACAACACGACGCAACGCAAAUGGCCAAGUCCCUCUCUCUUCGUACCACACUCUCAUGCCUAAAGAGCUAGGCGAUCAGCACCUUCCUUCUGCUUUCUCUCUUUCCCACCUUUUUUUCUCAAACCGCCGCGUCAAUAUAAUACCCAAAUUGAAACAAAGAACAAUCACAUUUUUACAUGUAUAAAUAUAUAUGAUCCCUUGCGAUUCCGUGCUCUCUUUUCAUCGCUUUGAAUCGAAUCUCUCCUUCUCUUUUCGUCUCGUGAGUAUAUCUCUACAGGAUUGCGUUCCGUUUGGGGAGCCGUUUGCGUGAGCUGUCACUGGCUUCUCAAAUCGUUUCCAGAUAUAUUCGGGGUUACAUUCGUAGUUUUAUUGCUAUGUGUGGGAUUGUGGCAUAAAGAGCCGCAAUGCUUCUCAAGUAAAUCACAUUCCCACUCGAGAGCAUCCUCAAUUCGUUCCACAUUCCACAACUGCAAAGAGCCGCUUUAGUCUUUUUGGAAGCGGUAAUGGGGGACACCAUAUCUGAUAAAACUUUGGAGGACUUCUACAUUCCAGAUUACAUACUUGUACCUGGUUCAAAAAUUAGCAAUGCUUCCUAUAUACCUACUUGUCCUGUGAUAGUCUUCAUUAAUUCAAAAAGCGGAGGCCAGCUGGGAGGGGAACUUCUUGUUACAUAUCGUGCUCUCCUAAAUAAAAACCAGGUUUUUGAUUUGGGAGAAAUGGCUCCUGAUAAGGUACUAUGCCAGCUCUACCUCACCCUAGAAGCUCUUAAGUGCAGUAAAGAUGAUUUGGCAGCUGAAAUCCAAAAGAGGUUGAGAAUAAUUGUUGCUGGUGGAGAUGGGACUGCCAGCUGGCUGCUUGGAGUAGUAUGCGAUCUCAAACUACCACAGCCUCCCCCCAUCGCAACAGUUCCAUUGGGAACCGGAAACAACCUACCAUUUUCUUUUGGCUGGGGAAAGAAAAAUCCAGGCACAGAUCAGCAUUCUGUGGAAUCAUUCUUGAAUCAAGUAAAGACGGCAAAGGAAAUGAAAAUUGACAGCUGGCAUAUUAUCAUGAGGAUGAAGGCUCUAAAAGAAGGAGCAUGUGACCCUAUUGCACCUCUUGAAUUACCACAUUCUUUGCAUGCAUUUCAUCGAGUCUCACAGACAGAUAAACUGAAUAUGGAGGGUUACCACACAUUUCGAGGGGGAUUCUGGAACUACUUCAGCAUGGGAAUGGAUGCUCAAGUAUCAUAUGCCUUUCACUCUGAGAGAAAGUUACACCCUGAGAAAUUUAAAAAUCAGUUAGCUAAUCAGAGUACCUAUUUGAAACUUGGAUGCACUCAAGGAUGGUUUUGUGCUUCACUAUUUCAUCCUUCUUCACGGAACAUAGCACAGCUGACAAAGGUUAAAAUCAUGAAACAAGGUGAAUGGGAGGAUCUUUGCAUACCUCGCAGCAUCCGGUCUAUUGUUUGCCUCAACUUGCCCAGUUUUUCUGGGGGACUCAAUCCUUGGGGAACACCAAAUAAGAAGAAAUUGCAUGAUAGGGACCUCACUCCCCCAUAUGUUGAUGACGGCCUAAUUGAGAUUGUCGGUUUUAGAAAUGCUUGGCAUGGGCUUGUUUUGCUCUCUCCGAAUGGCCAUGGGACUCGUCUUGCACAGGCAAAUAGAAUCCGUUUCGAGUUCCAUAAGGGUGCAGCUGACCAUACAUUCAUGAGGCUAGAUGGGGAGCCAUGGAAACAACCCCUACCGGUUGAUGAUGACACCGUUGUGGUUGAAAUCUCUCACUUUGGUCAAGUUAGCAUGCUUGCAACACCAGAUUGCCGAUCUAAAAGCAUAUACGACCCCUCCUCGCCUAUCAGUCACCAUGAGGAAGGAGAGGAUAGUAGCAUUGAAGAAACCAUGGAAGAUUUUGAAGAGCGAAAGAAGUUUGGUGCAGCCGAUACUUUUAAAUUUCCCGAUGAGUUUGAUGUAGCUCAUCUCAGCUAAGUACUUCAAAGAUCUGACCCAUUCAUUUUUUGCAAAUAAAUCCAGCCUUUCCUCCUUCAUUGGCCCUCAAAUUUUUAUUGCUUCUGAGUUGGUUGUAGUUGCUGUGGUCCAAUUACUUGUACUGCAGCCCCAUAUCGAUAUUCUUAUGUCAGUGUACAUUCUUGUAGACAGUUUUUUUUUCCCUUUCACUUUACUAGUAGAAUUUGAAAUCUUUUUACAUA